GAGCACUCGGACUCGUACAACAUAUUGUAAAGCACAAGAUACUGCCUGCGCAAGAUACUGCUCAACACACGCGAGUCAGAGUUCCCAACCUCCGCUGCUUCCCAAUAACAAGUAGGAGCACAGAUUAUUGCAGAUAACUCGUAGCAUCGAGCGCUGAUCAGGGUUUGAUCUUUGCCGUUCGAAUUUGGAUUUGAAUUUGGACUUGAACUCGAAUCCGAAACGGAACUUGGUUCGUUCGUUGUGCUGCUCCGUGUGUGCGCCCCGCAUCCUGUACGCUCAAACAACGAAGUGCAAGCAACACCGUCGUCUUCAUGAUGAUAAGGACCAACCUGCUUUAGGGCGCUUUUUUUGAAUCGACACUUGCAUCGCAUUGUUCGGCAGUAAAGAGAAUAAAGAGAAAUUCGCUGGUAGGUAGUUGUGCUGGACCAAAAUCCCAAAACAUCAGCAACAACAAAAACAGCCACCACCACCACCACUGCUACUACAGUUACGACAACGAAAACUACUACCACCACCACCACCAAAAACAACAUCAACUAAAUAGAACUGAGGACGAUUGCUAUGCAAUCGGAACAACAACGACCAAGGAUGCGUAGGGGGGAGUCCUUUGUCGACCAAAUAUCGUGGCUGGGGGAACAGGCGCAGACCCAGUUUCUCGAUCUCAACCUAGAGAACCACGAGGCUCGAUCCCUGGGUGGAUCUCCCUUUCCCUCCUUUCAGAGGCUGAGUUCCUACAACAGCCUCGACCUGGAUCAGAAACACACCAUCCGGCACCAGGUCAUUGUGUGGAGCGUCGGAAUACCCGACGUAAAGAGCCACACCGUUACGAUCAUGUUCCGAGUGACCCUGUUCUGGAACGAUCCGCCCCCGCGAAACUUGAUUGCUCCAUCGCUGGCGACGGGUCGGUCGCGAUCGAAUUCGAAUGCCAGCAGCAGCUACGGCGACGUCCCCAGCAUGGAUGCUCCCGGAGCAGCCAAGGAACCCGCMAGCGGUUACGCGAGCAACAACAACGGAACCAACGUCAUCGGCAACGAUGCCGGCGAACAGGAGGACUACUUCUGGGAAAUGGACGGCAGGCGCAAGGCGAUCCGGAGAAGCCGGAGCACGAGCUUUUCCAACGCAAUAAACACAAACGCCCCGGGUGCUUCGGCAAUCCCGCGCGGGAACAUCAACAUUUCCAGCGGCGGCAACAAUGACUUUGAGAAGGAAACCAUAGACGUCCCACCGAUCUCUAUCAUCAACGCCGAAACCUUUGAAACCGUUGGCAAGCCGGACGUGACCCUGCUGCGCCGCAAGUCCCGUCUGAUGCGCUUCUCUUGCAUGUACCGGGCCCGCCUCAUGCAGGAAAGCAUGAACGUGGCGCAGUUCCCCCACGAUUCCCACGACCUCGUCCUCAAGCUAGGAAUACUUUCGCAGCGCCAGCCCGGUGGCAGGUGGGACCGCCGGAAGUGGAAGCUCGGCCUGGCCAACGAAAGCGACACCCAGGGGAGCGUAAGGGUCCCCUUUGGCGUCCUGGUGGACCACGUGGCGGUGCCCGGCUUUCGGAUCUCGGACCGCGGCCUGGAGUUCGAGAUGGCGCCGAUCGAGUUUGGCCACUCGAACGCAGCGGCCGGAUGGAACAACAACAGCAACAACAAGCAGAGCUACCACCACCACCGGGCCCAAGACCAGGAGUUUUGCGUCAAGACCAAGAUCCGUGUCAAGCGCAACUCGGCCUACUACGACCGCAACAUUAUGCCGCUGCUGGACAUUCUCAAUCUCGUCUCGAUCUCCAUUCUGGUGAGCUUGGACGCCAACAACUUUUUCCAGCGGGGCCUCCUCUGCCUCAACAUUGCGUUUGUCGAGGUCGGCCUGCGAACCUCGCUGGACGCCCGGUUGCCGACGGUGGGGUACGAGAUCAAGAUGCAGAAGCUCCUGAAUUCCUUCUUUUUUAGCAUCUUGUAYAUUGUCCUGGAGAGCGCCGCGAUGAAGGUCCUCAUCGAGAACCACGACUGGCCCGUGCAGCGGACCCGGAUCGUCGACCGCGUCUGGGCCUUUUUGCUCCUGGUCAAUCAGCUCUACCUGCGCAUUGUCAUUUACAAAGAUUUUUCAUUGGAGGUAGAAUUCAGCGAUUGGAGGUAAACUGGACGAUUCUAAAAUCUGUCCGCAACGGAAGGAAGACGGCGGGUCUGCGGCAUCGUGCAAGAGCACUCCCARAACCACCGACGCGGCUGCAGUUUGAUCGUGUUUCCUGCGGCUUSGGCCGGACGUUCGCUGCCCGGCAACAAACUCCAAUGUCGAUUUUACUGCAGCGCCAUUGUUAUGUUUUAGYGUGCUGUUAUCUUCCAAAGCUUCUUCCAYAACGAAAGGCUGCGUUUUGGCGUYGCAAACAUAAUGUUUCCCUCUAGAAAACAAUAGGAUGGAAUCGAAUAAACAAUCAAACGAAAC